ACAGAUUAUAAUGCGACCACAUUAGAUAACAUAUACGAGUGACUUAAAGGUUUCAUUCAGCUCUGUUAUAAUCAGUCAUAGCUUUGUAUCGAGACUGCGCGACAUUUUAAUUAAUAUCAGGUAUAUGGGAAUCUGGAGUACAUCACGCAGGUUGAUUUCUCCCAGGAGACAUGAAGACAUUGUCGAAUCUUGGAAUUUAUUUCUUACUUGUGUGUAGUGAAAUUUCAAGUCAGUUAUUGAAGCUUAACGACAUCACAGUGUAUGAUCAGAUGGUGACUUGGAACGAGGCUAAAAACCUUUGUGAACAACGAGGACUAAAUAUGCUGACGCUGGACAGCCAGGGGAAAUUGGACUCCUUGACGCAUCUUUUUUUGCAACAGGGCAUAAACAUACUCACUGGAGAUUAUUGGAUGGGUCUUCAUGACACGGAUGCUGGGAGUACUUCCGAUUUCUAUUGGGAUGAUUGUCGACCACUGACCACUUCCGACUGGAGCCGCUGGGAUUCGGUAGGCAACGAGCCUGAUAAUCCUUCAACGCAGAGAUGUGUCAGAAUUUUCUUCGGAAAAUGGCGAACUGUGGGUUGUAAUAUAGCUAGACGGUACAUUUGUGAAACAUGGAAAGAUUCUUGCUUGUACCAGACCUUGAACCAAGCAGCUGUGCAACAGACGUCUUCUGUCUUCUUUCUCGAGCUGGUUGCAGAUAUUGAUUCUUGUAAGGCAAUUUGUAACAACAUGUACACAACGAAUACAAGUUGCUGGGGAAUAAUGACGUCAAGCAACGACACCUCGUCGUGUACCCUUGUGAUGACCAAAGAAGCCCCAGCGAUUAAUACAUGGCAGGGGUCGAAUUUGUAUGUGAGGAAUUGCUUGAAAGUGACAGUCAAUAACAAGUCGGAAGCAGUACAGGGCAGUGCCGAGACAUACCCUGUUUCUUCCUGUCCGGGGGUAAACCAACCAAUUACAGAGAAUACUAGAACCAGUGUUCUUUCCUGCAGUGAAUAUAACUUAAACAGUUCAGUGACAGUAGAUCAUGACCUCAUCACCACGACCGUACAAACGAGCAAAGUCAAUGAGGAGGAAUUUCUACAAAGUAUUCUAAACAUGAAGAUCAGUCUAACAGUGAACAAAUCCGAGACCAGCACGGAAAUUCGUAAGAGGAUCAGCGUGUACGAGGGCAGAAGUAGUGCCGUGUCUAUGGGGGUCAUUGGAACUGUCGUCAUAGUAACAAUCGUUUCCUGUCCUAUCAUAUCAGAUAUUGCGACCUUCAUUCAAAAACGAGGCAAAAGCAAAGCCUAACCAACACUGCAUAAUAUAGUGUAGGACUCACAGUGACGUGUGCUACUGUAUCUGCAAUGUACAAUUUCAUAACUGUUUGUCUACAUAGUAGUGUCUAACCUGCAAAAUGUGCUGGAUGUCUGUGAUUGAUCGAUUGAAUAUACGGUUUUAUACGCCGUUUUGCCAAUAUUUCAGCAAUAUUUGGUCGUGAGUGUUGGAGUUUCCCUGGCGGCGCCAGUGAGCCUACUCUUUUUCGAAAAUCAGGGAAACGAUCCUUUGUGCAAGGGGAUGGUGAUACUUGACAUGGGAGAUCCUUUAAAGGGACUGGUUCACGUUUUGGGGAAAAAUAUUUUUCAAUACGGGACUUUCGAGAUACGGAUCCACUCUGACUUUUAUCGCGCGUUGAUCGUAAUUUGUAACAAUAUAUAAUAACAGCUAUAAGUAAACAAGCCAAUCUACUUAAAAUCAGAUCCUAAAUUACGCUCACAAUCGUUACUAUCAAAGUCCUGCAUUAAAAUUAUAUCUUUCAGAGAAAGAAAUCACUACAACCAUUUAUAGGAAAAUGCAUUUGAUUAAAUUAUAAUCAUUCUUUCUUAACAAGUAGGUCCAUGUGAUGUCUCGGUCUGCAUCAGUGUUAUAAAGGACGACAAAGGAACCACUACAUUAUUAGUAGAUAGCAUGAAGUUGGUAGACAUUAGAAAUAUAUACUUCGAUAUUAUUCAAUACUAAAUAAAAGGAGAAAAUACUAAUAUAUGUGUCAAAUUCAACUGUUCGUUAUUUGAAAAUAGUAUUGUCGCCUGUAUGUUAAUUAUGUUUAUAAAAAACGUUCGUUAUUGGGAUCCAAAAGUACUAUUAAUUUAUCAGUUUUUAAACAUGUAUCACAUUUUAACCAAUUAUUCAGUACCAGGAUACAAAAUUUACUAACAAAUAUGAGUGGUCAAGUCUUUUUACAUUAUUUUCAUGACUUGACGCACUUAAAAAUUACUUGUGUUUGAACUUGAAAAAUCAAAUUAAAAUGUCCGUUACCACCGAGUUUAACAAAUUAUACGCGAAUCAUCGGUUUAAUCUUUAAUCGUAAUAAACCUUUAUAUCAAUGCAAUAAGUCUUUUGAUAUCCCAAUAACCCAUUAAAUUGCUUUUUGUUUUUAUAAUCCUCUCAUCACUAACAAAAACCAUGUCUUAUCCUUCUUCCAUGAACAAUAAGUCUGUAAAACAGUUUGUCGUGUGUUGCCACCUUUGUGUUUUAAUUAUCAAAAGUAUUAAUAACAAUGUCAUAUAAUUUUACCAGACACAAAAUAUAAAUAUGAGAUAUAAACCAAUUUUGUAAAUGGAGAUAAUCAAAAUUUCCAGUAAUUAGAACUUAGACUUAACCGAAAAA